GAAGUGAAUUAUUUUUACUAACUUAUACAACAUAUACAACACAUACAAUGAAGGGUUUGAUUUUAGUCGGUGGGUACGGUACCCGUUUGAGACCUUUGACCUUGACGGUUCCAAAGCCUCUUGUUGAAUUUGGUAACAGACCAAUGAUUUUGCACCAAAUCGAAGCCUUGGCUGCUGCUGGUGUCACUGACAUUGUUCUUGCUGUCAACUACAGACCAGAAGUUAUGGUUUCUACCUUGAAGAAGUACGAAGAAGUUUACGGUGUUAGCAUCACUUUCUCCGUUGAAGAAGAACCUUUGGGUACUGCUGGUCCAUUGAAGUUGGCUGAAAAGGUUUUAAAGAAGAAUGAUACUCCAAUCUUUGUCUUGAACUCUGACGUCAUCUGUGACUAUCCAUUCGCUGAAUUGGCUGCUUUCCACAAGGCCCAUGGUGCUGAAGCCACCAUUGUUGCCACCAAGGUUGAUGAACCAUCCAAAUACGGUGUCAUUGUACACGACCCAUACACUCCAAACUUGAUUGAUAGAUUUGUUGAAAAGCCAGUUGAAUUUGUUGGUAACAGAAUUAACGCUGGUUUAUACGUCUUGAACCCAUCUGUCAUUGAUCUUAUUGAAAUGAGACCAACUUCUAUUGAAAAGGAAACUUUCCCAUUGCUUGUUGAAAAGAAGCAAUUGUACUCCUUUGACUUGGAAGGUUACUGGAUGGAUGUCGGUCAACCAAAGGACUUUUUGUCCGGUACUUGUUUGUACUUGACCUCUUUGUCCAAGAAGUCUCCAGAAAAGUUAUCUUCUGAACCAUUUGUUCACGGUGGUAACGUUUUGAUUGACCCAACUGCCAAGAUUCACCCAUCUGCCUUGAUUGGUCCAAACGUUGUCAUUGGUCCAAACGUUGUUGUUGGUGAAGGUGCCAGAAUCCAAAGAUCCGUCUUGUUGGCUAACUCUCAAGUUAAGGACCACGCCUGGGUUAAGUCCACCAUUGUUGGAUGGAACUCUAGAAUCGGUAAGUGGGCCAGAACUGAAGGUUGCACUGUCUUGGGUGAUGAUGUCGAAAUCAAGAACGAAAUUUACGUUAACGGUGCCAAGGUCUUGCCUCACAAGUCUAUUUCCGCCAACGUUGAACAUGAAUCCAUUAUCAUGUAAGAGACCCCCAAUCAAAUUUAUUUCGUGUAUUUUAUAAAAGAGAAUCAACAGACAAAACACCCUUUAUGGAGAGAAUUAUAUACCCUCUCUCCCUUUAUAACAACCUCGACUCAAUAGAAGUAAAGUAAGGAUAUUAA